AUGCCCCUCUGGCAAAGGGGACACGGACAUACAUUCAUAACAGCCCAUUACACCUAUAUUCUCACCUGGAUUAUUCUAGCAUCCAUCUUACUUUAUUUCCAGGGAGGAAUAACUUACACAGAUGCCCUCCUCCUCGCCUCGGGGGCCGCCACGCAGAGCGGACAGAACCCGGUUGACCUGAACAGGUUGGGUGUCUGCCAGCAGGUGAUAUUAUGGAUGGUGGCGAUGGUCACGAAUGUGAUUUUCGUAAAUUCGUUGGUUGUGUUGGUGCGGUUGUCGUGGUUUCGGAGGAGAUUGAAAACUGUGGCCGGGGAGGUCAAGGCUGUUGUUCGGGGGGAUGCGUAUAGGGAUAGAGGAUAUGGGACGAUGACAAGGAGUACUACUCCAGACGGAAGGAAUGCGAUACAAGAGAUGAAUGCGCAGGAUCUAUAUGGUGAUGAAAGCGAACCCCAACCUAUCAAUCAUAUCGCCGCCAGUUCUACAGGACCGCGUAUCACCUUUGACGUCGCGGCGUCUCAGCGACAGCAGCUGCAUCAGAAAGCCAUUUCUUCUCUGCCGCCGUUUAUGUGGCAUCCAUCCAUCGCCAGUUACUCAGACUGGGAUGAGACGCAGAAGGAUGAACUUGGUGGGACUGAGUAUCGGGCUUUGAAGACGUUAUUCUUCAUCCUGCUCGGAUACUUUGUUACCUUUCACGUUCUUGGGGCUGUUUCGCUAUUAUGUGUGAUCCUGUAUCAUCCCGAAUAUGGCCAUGUCGUUGAUGAAAUUGGAGCCCCCAAAGCCUGGUGGGCGAUUUUCACGGCGAGUUCCGCGUUUAACGAUGUGGGCUUCACUUUGACACCGAACUCGAUGGCGUCGUUUAAUAAAGUCCCACUACUUCUUCUGGUUAUGACCUUUCUAAUCGUUAUCGGGAAUACGGGGUUUCCGUGUAUGUUGCGGUUGAUCAUUUGGAUGUUUGGGAAGGUCACCGAGGAGACGAGUCGACGUCGCGAGGAGUUGGAGUUUCUUUUGAGACAUCCUCGACGAUGCUUUACACUUCUGUUUCCUGGUCCGGAUACAUGGCGACUGCUGGGGGUGUUGUUGGUGCUGAACGCCGUUGAUCUAGCCAUCUUCCUCCUGGAUAAGCAACCAUCCUACAACCUCCACAACGACAAGGGCUACACCUGGCUCAUAAACGGGCUAUUCCAGGUCGCGUCUACGCGAACAGCAGGAUUUACGAUAACCUCACUCGCAGAUCUCCAUCCAGCAGUACAGAUCUCCUUUGUCGUCAUGAUGUACAUCUCCGCCUUUCCCACGACAAUCGCCAUGCGCAAGACCAAUGUCUAUGAGGAGAAGAGCCUGGCUAUAUACUCAGAUGCGGAAUCUAUCUUGACCGAUAACGACCAAGGAACGCAAACUAGACGAAACGACCUCUGGUAUCAUAUCCAGAAACAGUUGAGUUUUGAUCUGUGGUAUAUCGUCCUAGGGACGUUCCUGAUUGCGCUCGCUGAAAGCGACCGUUUUCCUUUAUUUUCGGUUCUGUUUGAGGUAGUCUCCGCAUACGGCACGGUGGGCUUAUCACUGGGAUACGCAUGGACGGAGUCGAGUUUGUGUUCGCAGUUCCGGGAUGUCUCGAAGCUGGUGAUUUUGGCUAUGCAGGUCCGUGGCAGACAUCGUGGACUGCCGUAUGCGCUGGAUCAUGCUGUUAUGUUGCCGUAUGAAUUGCACCAGGACGAGAGCGAGGAUGAGAACGAGGAGGGGAAUGGGUUCGGAUGGAGGAGAUGGAUUCGUCGACGGAGGUCAGAUCUGAGUAGUCUUUUGUCAGUUACAGAUACAGAAGAGAAUGAACCAGAGCCGCUUCUGGGUUGA